AUGUUCUCUUCCACAAAACUUCUACGUCGAACUGCAAAAUGGAAAACAUUGCAACACCUGACACCCAAUGACAGAUUCCGACUUCUUCCUAGGCAAUUUGUCCGCUCCGUCAUGGUUCCUCCAUCACAUUUUAGCAACCCAGCGAAUGUUCCCAAACAGUAUGGAAUCGACAGUCAGUCCAGCGAAACAAACACAGAAUCUGAGAACGGCAAUGUAUCCGAACUUGGAAAUUAUCCUCCUCCACCACGUUCCGAGCGUCCGUUCAGGGAACUUCUGUCGUUGCUAGCUAUGGUGGCACUCACAUACUUGGCAGUGGACAAUUACACUGGACGAGUGAAGCUCGAGAAGCUCAACACAGAAACAACGGCCAUAAACCUUAAGACAUUGCAGUUGCAACAGCAGAACUUCCUCAAUUCUCGAAAGCAACAGGAGUUGAAGAUGUUGAGAGAAAGAAUGGAUGUAUCGAAGAGAUGCUACAAAAUGGCUCUCCACAUUGCACUAUUGCGCAAGCAACUCACUGAUUUGGGUGUGGAUCCGGCCGAAAUCAAUACCGUAUUGCAAGAAUUUGAGAAGAAUGUUCGGUUGAACAAUUCGGUUCAGAAUCUCACGGGCCAGGCUAUAUGGCUUGAUGAUAACUCGGAGUUGAGUGGGUUUGUUCCUGAUUACAGAGAGUAUGACAAGAAGGGAACGCUGGAAGCAUGA